AUGCCUCGUUCAAAGCGCGCGCGUAUCGUUCACGAGUCCAAGGUUACGAAGAAGGAUCACAAGGAACAGACCCGCCGACUUUAUGCCAAUAUCCGGGAGUGCUUGGAGCAAUAUGACCAUAUGUUUGUCUUUGCGGUGGACAACAUGCGCAACACAUACCUGAAAGAUGUCCGCACUGAGUUCACAGACAGUCGCCUUUUCUUCGGUAAGACUAAGGUCAUGGCCAAGGCUCUUGGAAGCACCCCUGAGACUGAGGCCGCUCCCAACCUGCACCGUCUGACACCCUAUCUUACUGGUGCCGUCGGCCUGCUGUUUACCUCUCGCCCCGCUGAAAAUGUCAUCAACUACUUCGAGACUUUCCGCCCCCAAGACUUUGCCCGUGCUGGCACCGAGGCGACCCGCUCUUUCAGCAUUCCCAACGGUCUUGUUUACUCUCGUGCUGGCGAGAUUCCCACCGACAAUGACGAGCCCAUUAGCCACACUAUCGAGCCCGCUCUUCGCAAGCUCGGUGUUCCCACCCGCCUCAUUAAGGGUAAGGUCAUGCUCGAGUUGACAGAGGGCCAGGAGGGCUACCAGGUGUGCCGGGAGGGCGAGACACUUGACUCCAGACAGACUACCCUGAUGAAGAUGUUCGGAGUUACCUCGUCCGAGUUCAAGGUGGACCUGAAGGCCCAAUGGGAACGGAGUUCCGGCGAGAUCAAGAUUCUAGAGGAGGAUGCUAUGGUGGAUGCAUAG